UCAGCCUCAUGGCCAGGCGGGACUCCACCUCCGCCUCCUCCUCUCCCUCUUCCCCUCACGUCCCUCUCCGAAUCUCCCACCGAUCCCACGCGAAAUCGGCAUCCAGAUCUUCUCCCCCGCGAUUCAGAUCACCGGAUCGACCCUGCACCUCGUGAAGUCUGCAGCGGCGCCGAGGUUGCUGGGAGCUGUGGAUCUGCUGAGGUGGCGCCAUGGGGCUGGAUUUGGGAGCUCUUCUCAAAUCCGGCGGGCUCUUGGUCUCGGACCAGGACGCGAUCGUUUCGAUCAACAUCUUCAUUGCGCUGCUCUGCAGCUGCAUUGUGAUCGGGCACCUGCUGGAAGGCAACAGAUGGGUGAACGAGUCUACCACAGCGCUUGCCAUGGGGCUGAUCACUGGAGGUGUCAUUCUGCUCGUUACUAAUGGUACGAAUUCAAGGAUUCUUGUGUUCAGUGAGGAUCUGUUUUUCAUCUACUUGCUACCGCCGAUCAUCUUCAAUGCUGGGUUUCAAGUAAAGAAAAAGCAAUUCUUCCGCAACUUUAUGACAAUUACUUUAUUUGGUGUUGUUGGGACAUUGAUAUCCUUUGUAAUAAUCUCUCUCGGUGCUAUGGGAUUGUUCAGGAAACUUGAUGUUGGUCCACUCGAGCUUGGGGACUAUCUUGCAAUUGGUGCUAUUUUCUCUGCAACGGAUUCUGUUUGCACCUUGCAGGUGCUUAACCAGGAUGAAACACCCCUACUCUAUAGUCUAGUUUUUGGUGAAGGUGUUGUAAAUGAUGCUACGUCUGUUGUGCUCUUUAAUGCAAUUCAAAACAUUGAUAUUGUUCAUCUUGAUGCUUUUCUUCUAUUAAACUUCAUCGGAAAAUUCCUCUACCUUUUCUUCACCAGCACCAUCCUUGGAGUAGCUGCUGGGUUGCUUAGUGCAUACAUUAUUAAGAAACUUUGUUUUGCGAGACAUUCAACUGAUAGAGAAGUUGCUAUCAUGAUUCUCAUGGCAUACCUUUCGUAUAUGCUGUCCAUGCUGCUGGAUCUGAGUGGCAUUCUCACCGUCUUCUUCUGUGGAAUAGUAAUGUCACAUUACACUUGGCAUAAUGUGACAGAAAGCUCUAGGGUUACUACUAAGCAUACUUUUGCAACUUUAUCAUUUAUUGCAGAAAUUUUUCUCUUUCUCUAUGUCGGGAUGGAUGCAUUGGACAUUGAAAAAUGGAAAUUAGCUAGUAGCAGUCCUACAAAACCAAUUGCUUUAAGUGCGAUUAUAUUGGGCUUGGUUAUGGUUGGAAGAGCAGCGUUUGUAUUCCCUUUGUCUUUCCUAUCCAACCUAAGUAAAAAAGAGGCACGCCCAAAGAUCUCCUUCAAGCAACAAGUAAUCAUAUGGUGGGCUGGUCUCAUGAGAGGGGCAGUAUCAAUUGCACUCGCCUAUAACAAGUUUACAGCAUCUGGUCAUACUGCAGUGCGAGUUAAUGCUAACAUGAUCACCAGCACAGUCAUUGUUGUUCUGUUCAGCACAAUGGUUUUCGGUUUGCUGACUAAGCCACUGCUUAGUCUUCUCAUCCCACCAAGGCCUGGCUUGAACAUGUCCGAGCUCUCAAGCCAAUCAAUUCUAGACCCACUUCUUGGUAGCUUGAUGGGGUCUGACUUCGAUGUAGGCCAGAUCUCCCCUCAGUACAACCUCCAUUUUAUUCUCACUGCACCAACUCGCUCCGUCCAUCGUCUGUGGCGCAAGUUUGAUGACCGUUUCAUGCGCCCGGUGUUCGGGGGGCGAGGCUUUGUUCCAUUUGUGCCUGGUUCUCCGGUGGAGCGGAGCACCCAUGAAUCUUACCUGGGCACUGUGAUUGAGGCAGAGCGUAGUUAAGUUGAGACUUGAGACACAGAAGCUGUAGACAAUUUCUGUAAAUGUUCAAGCAGCUACCACUCAUUUUUGUUCUCGGAAUCGGUUGGUGCAUUUGUUGUUGUAAAUUAUGCAUAUAGUUUCAGGAGAACCACUUAAGCUGCUGUAAUUUCUGGGAGUCACUCCCAACUGUAGAUUACUAUAAUUCAUCUGUAAAUUUCAAUGUUGUUCAAAGGCAAUAAUCACAUUCUGGCAUAUUGGCAUGUUUUUGUAUAAUUGUAAUGGAUAUGUAGAAACAGUCUUAUUUUAUAUAUUUUUGAGUUUUA